AUGGCAGCAGAUGCGACUGACGAGAGAACGCCACUCCUGAACGGCUCGACAAACGGCCACCAGAAUGGAACCAUCAGCGACUCCAACGGCAACACCAACGGCAACGGGAUAGUGGGGGACCAUGAUGCCGCCGAUGCCAAGAAGAAGACGGCAUCAUGGACCACCCGCGUCUUUGGCCCCCCUAACACAAUUAAAGUCCUCCUCGCCGGCUUCAUCAUAACAUUCGCAUUCAGCUUCACCCAGGUCCCCAUCUUUUACGUUUUCCAUCUCAUGGAAUGCGACGUCUACUAUGAGACACACCCACCACACACCGGACCAGGAGAUCGAUGUUCCAUCAAUGAGAUCGCAGCCGGGACGGCAACCCAGUUCUCCAUCCUCGGCAUGAGCACCACCUUCUGCGGCACGGUGAACCUCUUCGUCACGGGCUGGUCGAUCAAGAAAUGGGGCCCGCGCUUCGCUCUCAUCCUGCAGACCUUCAUCCCGGCUAUUAGGGUCGCCACACAGGUUAUUGGUGUGCUCGCUGGGGGAAAUGCUGGGAUCACCAUCAUCCAGACUACGCAGCUCAUCACGAUAUUCGGGGGCCCCGCUGGGUAUAUCCUCGUGGUGAACACCAUCGCCGGGGAGCUGGUGGAGCCGAUGCAGCGCACAGCCGUGUUUGGCCAGCUGCAGGCGUGCAUCAUGCUGGGCCAGGCGAUCAGCUACCUCCUCGGCGGGAUGGUGGGUGACGCAUUCGGGAUCAGGAUGCCGUUCCAGGUGGCGUGCGUCCUGUUCCUUUUCGCGACCCUUUACUCCCGGACGGUGAUACCCUACAUCUCUCCGGAGUCUCUGUCGGACGGCAAGAAGUCAAAGGCGAAGGGGAUCAAGGGCUUCCUGGCUCCACUCAAGAUUUUGGCCCCACAGCGCAUACGAUUUAUGGACGGACAUGUUGCGAAUCACUUCGGGGUCUUCUUCCUUUGCUGUGGUAUCUUCCUGGCGGUGUUGGCAACUAGCUACGGCCCCUUGCUGAUCCAGAUGUACGCGACGGCAUACUUCGACUUCACGCAGGCCGACAACGGCUGGCUGAUGAGUGGCAACGCGCUGUGCCGGAGCAUUUUCCUCUUCUUUGCCUUCCCACGGAUCAUCGAAGCGGGAAGGAACUGGUGGGUCAGGAAGGUCGCGGGCCCCAGACCUGACCCGGCCCAGACGAAACAAGACCCGAACGCGUUGUCUCGGAUACCAUCGCGGCCUGAGCAGCUUGAGGCACCGAUGUGGUCCGGAAAUCAGAUGUCACAGGAAGAUUCCAUGCCUCAGCCCGAGUCGCGGCCGGAGGACGAUCGGACCGCAAGCCAUUUUGAUCUUUUCUUCCUCCGAUGGAGCCUGUUGCUUGACGGAAUCAUGACUGGUGCAGCUGCUCUAUGCACAAAAAGAUGGCACAUUUUUCUCGCAUCAUUCCUGCUCCCAUUGGGAUCCGGCUCUGCCCCAGCCGCCAAAGGCGUCAUCACAGAAAUGUGCUCUCACGGCGACCGCACCGAUGCCCUGAACGCAGUCACGCUCGUCGAGAACAUCGCAAGGCUGGCGACGCAGGGCCUGUUCGGCUUCAUCUUCUCCGCCCUUGCCGAGGCCGGAAAAGCGCACAUGACGUUUCAUGUCAAUGCUGCUCUUGCGAUUGUGGGCAUGGCAGUGCUUUAUUUGUCGCAUUUCCCCCCAUCGAGCGCGACCAUCUUGGAGGAUAACGAGAACGAGGACGGUGAUGGUUCUGGUGAAGACGACUCCCCAAAUCUGGCUAGAGUCACGUCACACGAGACAGACCGAUAA